CACGCGCUCGAGGCUGUGGGGACCAGCGGCGCGUGCAGGACUAUCAGCAGGAAAUAGCGGCCGUAUUUUUUUGUUGUUUUUGUUUUAAGCACAUUUUUUUCUUCUUCUUCUUCUCCUCCUCCUCCUCCUCAUUGUUAAAUAUCGUUGAGAAAUGCACGCGACUAUUUAUUUAUUGACCGGCAGAAGUCAAAACAGCCCUUGCGUGAUAGUUCGACGCGCGGUUGGGCAACGAACGGACGGCGGGCACGAGACGACAUUCGAAAGGCAACCACGGCAGAACUCCGUCGACUCCACAGGAGACGAUCACCUUGGAGGGAACCCCCAUAGACUCGAGCAGGACAAAGCCAGCCAGGCAGGUCAUGGACCACGGUAAAAACAAGGAUUUCAACCUCGCAAGCACACCCACCUACCGCCGCCAUCGACGAACAACAGCAAUGAGAUACUCCAUCCUGAGAGGUCUCUGACCCUCGAGGAAUCCUCGCAAGCCUCGAAGAAGAAACGUCAACAAAAACUCCGAUCCAGCUCCACGACCCCGGAGCAAGUCAACUGCUUCCAUCCCCCAGCUGCUUCCUCUAAGCCCAGGAGUGGCACCCCCCCCCCCUCGCCCCCGUCCUCUGUUCCCCGUCCUCUGUUCCCCGUCGGGGCGCCCAGGAGUAGCCAUGUCUUGGGUGGGCCGAGCAGGGAGCCGGGAUCCCGGCCCUCCCUCGUCCCUCUCCCCGCGGCCUCUCCUCUCGGGGCUCAAGCGGCUGUUCGCGUCGCGUCUCGCCGGGAGACCUCUCAGCGGCAGCGACUCGGAGCUGCACGAAGCCUCCAGCAGAUUCGCCGGCGACGAUGCCGGGAGACGGGACCGCAACGUCCACCGCGGCACCCCGGCGCUCGACGCCGACCCCAGCGACUCGGACGAUCCGCGCGACCCCACCGCUGACCCCGGCGGCCUGCUGCUGCUCCUCCGCCGAACGGCGUCGGCCCCCGACCGCACGGGGGGACCCGGCCGGGCGCGGGGCGGUCGCUUCCGCUACGAGGUGGUGACGGUGACGCUGGCAAAUUCGGGGCGCAGCGACGGGUGCCCAGCCUCUUCCUCCUCCUCCUGCUCCACCUCCUCUUCCUCUUCGUCGUCGAUGGCUCCGUCGUCGUCGUCGGCGUCGUCGUCGGCGUCGCCCGCGCCCGGCGGCGCCGUGGACCGGGAAGCGACGGAGCCCGAGGAGCUGGGCAUCGAGUUGGGCCGCGUACCCUGCUACCUGCGGUGCCCCGCGGCCCCGGCCAGAGCCCUGGCGAUGACCACGCCGCUGGCAGCGGAGCUGCUCCUCUGCAAGCCGCCGUGCCAGGCGGAGGGCAUCGGCCGCGGGGCCCCCGCCCUGCGGCGCAGCGUGGGCCAGGUGUGGGUGACGUCCGUGCGGCCGCGCGGGGCCGCGGGCAAGGGCGGCGCGGUGAGGGUGUGGGACGAGCUGCUCGCCGUCGACGGGCAGCUCCUGGUGGGGAUGGAGCCCGAGCAAGUCAGCGCGCUAGUGGAGCGUAGCUGGCGCGCAGGCCAUGUGCACCUCGUCAUGCUCCGCCGCGUCAAGCGUAGGGCGCCGUCGCCACCUUCCCCGACCCGGGCCAACCCUGCCACGGCCGUCGCCACGCACGCCGCCACCUCGGCCGCCGUCUCCGAUCCCGCGCCCCGCCCUCCGGUGCCAACCUCCUCCUCCUCGUCGUCCUCCUCGUCGUCGUCCUCCUGCUCCUCGUCGUCGUUAUCGUCGUCGUCGUCCGGCGAGGCCCGGCCCGCGGGCUGCCGGACGCGCAAGCUCGGCGUCUACUCGCGCUCGUCCACGCCGCGCGACUCGCUCGAGAACGGCGUGACGGCGCCGACGGCGACCGCGCCGUCGGCGCCGCGGCACGGCGGCGGCGUCGACGCCGGCGAUCAGAGAGACUCCGGUGUGUUCUGCCGCUCCGAGCUAGACCGCGGCGGCGGCGGCAACGGCGGCAACGUUGGUGGCGGCGGUGGCUCCCGCCGAUCGUCGUUCGAGCCGGCCAAUCCGGCGGCGUCGUCCUGGCUGUGGGGCAACGGCAGCGUCCGCAGGGACGGGGUCGCCGGCGGCGGCGCCCUCGCGGACGGUCCCCGGGCCGUCGGCGCCCCGCGACGGCCCGGCGCGGCGACGGACGCCGAGGCGAGGCCGCCGCUGGCGUCGCAGCGGCACGCGGCCCACGGAGCGAGCGUCGACCUCGGGGCAUCGCUCGUCUUGCAGUCGGGUGAGAGCCAGGUGUGGCGGCUGCACAUGGUGAAGGGCCGCGAGGGGCUGGGCGUGCAGGUGAAGGGCGGCCACAGCUCGCGCAGCGGAGGCCCCCACGGCCUCCUCGUCACGCACAUCGACAAGGGCGGCGCCGCCGAGAGGGACGGCCGCCUGCUCCCCGGCGACGAGCUGCUCAUGAUCAACGGGCGGCCGCUCGUGGGCCUCUCGCACCACGAGGCGGUGGCGCUGCUGCGCUCCUCCUCGGGCACCGUGCAGCUCGUGGUGGCGCGCGAGUCCGGGACGGACGCCGCGACGCGGCCGGCCGCGAUUCCGGACGCGCCGCAGAACGACGUUUGCACCGCCGCAGCAACCGGCACCGGCACCUCACCCGGCACAACCCCAACUGCCGCCCGCCACGACUCGCGCGGCCGCCAACACCACCACCACCACCACCACCGCCACAACAGUCAGCGGAACCACAACCACCACGGCAACCACGGCCACCACCGGCAGCACGAUCGCGGCGAGGGCGCGAGCUCGGCGCACGACGCGGCGAGCGGCGCCGACGGCGCGGCGCCCGGAAGCGAGAAGCGCCGCAAGGGCGACCACAAGCGGCGGAGGACGCACAGGAGGGAUGCCCCCGCCGGCGCUCGGGACGAUCGCCGCGCCGACGCCGAGGCGGUGGACGGAGAGAGCCUCCCGGCGGCCGGUCGGACCGGCGCCGAGGCGGCAAACGGGGGUGGCGGAGCGGCGAGCGGAGCCGAGGACGAGCAGAGGGAGCACGAGGCGCUGCGCAGAGCCAAGCGGCGGAGCGCGAGGGGCGCGGUGGCGGAGGAGGAGCCGCAGCAGGGAAAGGUCGACCCCGCCGCCGCGAGGGCUCCCGUGUCGCGCUCCUUCUCCGAGCAAGCGACGCGCAUCGACGAGCCGGGCCCCGGCCGCCCGCCGUGCCCUUCGACCUCCCAGCGGCCGCCCCGUGGCCCCGUGCCCGCGAGCCCCGCGGCCGCCCCGCCGCCGCUGCCGCCGGGCUCGCUUCCCCGCGGGGCAAACGAGGAGAGCCGCGGUCCCUCGACGGCGGCGACGCAGGCCGCCAGGGGGGCAGCCGACGACGCCAGACCCGCGAGCGAGGGCGGGAGGGAGAUUGGCGCUGGGGAGGGGCAAGCAAUGGUGGUGGUGCGCUCUCUCUCAAAACCUCGCAGCAAAUCCACAGGUGGCCGGGGUCGCCUCGAGUCGGUGGGCGAGGAUGACGAACUCCACGUGGCCGAGGGCGGCAGCGGCAGCGUCUUCUCGGCGCCGGAGUCGCCAGUGCCGGCGGCCGAGGGCAGCCCCGAGCGCCAGGGCCACGGCAGCCGCAAGCACUCGCUCCCGCAGCAGCUGGACAUCAGCGCCGUGCGCCAGGACUUCACGGUGAUCAAGAAGUCGUCGCGCUCGCUCAGCACGGUGCAGGUGGAGUCGCCCUGGAGGCUCUCGCAGCCCUCCAUCAUCUCCAACAUCGUGCUCAUGAAGGGCCACGGCCGGGGCCUGGGGUUCAGCAUCGUGGGAGGACAGGACUCGGCGAGGGGACGCAUGGGGAUCUUCGUGAAGACGAUCUUCCCCAGCGGCGCCGCCGCCGCCGACGGACGCCUCAAGGAAGGCGACGAGCUCCUGGAAGUGAAUGGGGAGUCGCUGCAGGGCCUGACUCACCAACAGGCCAUACAGAAGUUCAAGCAGCUGAAGAAGGGCGUCGUGACGCUCACCGUGCGCACGCGUCUGCGCAGCCCGAGCCUCACUCCUUGCCCCACGCCGACGCGGCUCAGCCGCUCCAGCACCCCCAACUCCAACGCGAGCGGCGGGGGCACCUCGGUGCCGGACUCCGAGGAUGGGGGGCUCAGCAGCUCCGGGGCGGGACCCAGCGUGGGGCCCGACGUCGCCAUGGCGACGAGGAGGGGACCCGGGCCCAAGGACCGCGUCGUCAUGGAGGUGGCUCUGCGCAAGGAGGCCGGCGUGGGACUCGGCGUCGUGGCGUGCUUCGUGGCGCUGGAGAACUCCGCGCCGGGGAUUUACAUCCACAGCCUCGCGCCGGGCUCCGUCGCCAAGAUGGACGGGAGGCUCAGCCGGGGAGACCAGCUGCUCGAGGUGGACUCGGUGAGCCUCCGGCACGCGGCCCUCAGCGAGGCCUACGCGGCCCUCAGCGAGUGCGGCCCCGGUCCCGUGAGCCUCAUCAUCAGCCGCCACCCGGACCCCAAGGUCUCGGAGCAGGAGAUGGACGAGGCGAUCGCGAGGCCAAACCCACGCAGCGCCACGAGCAAAGAUUCCUCGCCGGCCCCUGGCGGCAUCACCGCCGCACUGCCCCCCAAGAGCCCGGCACCCUCCCCGGGCCCCUCCCCGUCCACGCGACCCCGCCAGGUCGAGAACGCGACCUCCGCACUCAGCUGGACGAUGCGGCGCUUCCUCGAGCCCAUGAGCCGGCAAGGAUCCGUGAGCUCGGAGGCAGAGCUCUCCCAGUAUUUCCCGGCCGAGGCGCCCGCACACCCGGCCGCCCUGGACAGACCGGACAUCCCUGGCACUCCUCCUCCCCCUCCAGCUCAUCAUCCUGCUGCUCCUCCUGCUGCUCCCCAUCCUCACGUCGGCUCCGGCGCUCACGGCAACGCGGGGCACGGCUCGCCCGCCCCGCCGUCCACGCGGGGAGCGGUGCCGCCGCCCUCGACGCCGCCGCCGCCGCUGGCACCGUCGGCAUCGUCGCACGGCAGGGGACACGCCGGCCGGGACACCAAGUGGGAGAGGCAUUCGGGUCGCGACGCCCGGCACGAGAGACGUCCGCAGCCCGCCUCCACUCGGGCAGAGGAGGCGACGUUGCAACAGCAGCGGCGGCAGCAGCAGCAACAGCAGCAGCAACAACGGCUGCAGCAGCAGUUGCAGCAGCAACUACAGCAGGAGCUACAGCAGCAGUUGCACGGGCCCCAGCCGCCGUCGAAACAAGACGCCCGCACCGCCAGGGGCCCCACGGACGCCAGCAACCACUCUUCGACAGCGCGCGAGGCCUCGCCGGAGCCAGCGAGGAGUUCACCUCCAUCCGAGCGAACGCCGAGCGCCGCCGCCGCCACCGGCACCUCCGCCGCCGCCGCGGCGCCGCCGCUCGUCCGCAACCGGCAGGUGGAGGUGGCAAAGCAGGCGGUGCCGCCGGACAGCCCUCAGGCGUCGCGCAGCCCCCUGCUGCGGCAGCGGCGUGUCUUGCGCUACGAGGACGACGGCCUGAGCGACGAGGAAGGCGGCGGCGGGCGACCGGCGCAGGAGGGACGGGGCCCGGCGGGGAGGGGCGGCAGCUUCCGCGCGUGCCGGGCGGCCCGGCGAGGGAGGGCCGCCGAUCGCCCCGUGACCGACGCGGCCGCCGACGGCCCUUCGCAAGCGCCGUCUCCGUCGUCCUCUGCCCUUUCCGCGGCGGCAGCGGCGGUGGCCGUGUUCUCGUCGUCGUCCUCGUCGCAAUCGUCGGCGGUCAAGCGGGAGCUGGCCAACUCGGGCAUCGUCAUCGCCACCUCGUCGGUGGAGGUGGACGACGAGAGCCAGGACAGCGACUUCUUCUGCUACGGCGGCAACGCGCGCGCCGCCAGCAGCGACGUGCCCAGCUCGCUGCACGGCAGCUCGCUCGAGUCGGAGGACGGGCCCGGCGUGGGCAGGGAGCGCGGCGGCGACUCGCCGUUUGUGCCCAUCCGCGGCACCACCGCCACCACGUACUUUGACUACGCGGGGGGCGCUGCGGACACUUGCGGCGGCGGCAGCGGCGGCGGGGGUAGCGGGUUGACCGUGGGCCGACACGCGGACCCGUGGAGCGACGGAGAGGUGAGUUGCGCCGCCGGCGGACAAAUCGAUUUCAAGCGAUCGCCCAAGCUGGAGCACAAGGCGGUGAUGCGCGUCAAGAGCAUGCUGAGCGUAGAGUGUCCACAGCAGCAGCAGCAACAGCAGCAGCAGAUCAUCUCAUGCCAGACACAGUCGCCAACAAACAGAACCACAGCCAAGUCCCAGGCGAAGGGUGGAUCGGCCGACACCUCUGCAGUCGAAGCUGCAAGGUCGGAGGGUUCGGACUUGGGGGACACGGAACCCGUCACUACGGAGGCGGCUCCUAGUGAGGCCUCCCGCUCUGCUGGAGUGGAGGGAGCGGACGAUGCUUCACACGGUGACGGCUCGGGUCGGACCGGUCGUUCCGGAGAACGUGGCGUGGCCGUGCCACGCGCGGACGUGUCGUCAUCACAAGGCCUGGACGGCGAACUUCCGGACUCUGUGACGUGGACCGAUUCUGCUAUUCAUAUCCACCGCGAAAGCGAACUUCGCAAUCUAUCCGGCGCUGCGGAUCUGACCAACCGCGUGGGGUCGGACAUCCGUGCCGACGCCAGGAAUCCAACGGUGUCCGUCCCGCCUUCCAGAGGACGCGACGACGGUGCGCCCCCCGCUCUCGUCGGCGGCGACCCGGCCUGCCGGCGCGCGGGGGAGGGGGCCGCGGGCUAUGACCGGCCCUCGAGACCCGGCCCAGCGCGCUCCGUCGUGAACGGCGACGGCGAGGGGGGUCCCCGGGGCGGGCGGCCCGGGUCGUACGACCUGCAGGUGGUGCAGAUCUCGAGGCGGGAGUCGGAGACGUUCGGCCUGGACCUGGAGAUCAAGCCGGCGCCCAUGCGCGUCUACAUCAAGGAGCUCAAGCGCGGCGGAGUGGCCGAGCGGGAGGUGGGCGCCCGCCUGUGCUGCGGCGACGAGGUGCUGUGCGUGAACGGCGUGACCCUGUCGCUGCUGGAGCCCGACGAGGCCUGCCGCCUCUUCUGCAACCUGCCGCUGUCCUUGCGCAUGGUGCUGCGGCGAGACGCCACGCGCUCACUCCCAGCAGCAGCAGCAGAGAAAGGCACCAUGAGCUCGGGCACUAUGGCAGCAGACCCCCCUCCGAUGGGGGAGGGGGGCCCGGCGUGCCUGCAAGGCGAGGCCCGGCAACGUCGCUGCGACCCCGACCCCGACUCCGGCCCCCUCGUCAGCGAAACGAAACGGGAAGCGGCAGGGGAAGCGGAGCUCUCACUGCGAGCGCCGAUCGCGGAACCGCAACAGAAGCAGCAGCAGGAGGAGGAGGGGGAGGGGGAGCAGCAAGAGAAGCAGCAGCAGGAGGAGGAGGAGCAGCAAGAGAAGCAGCAAGAGGAGGAGGAGGGGGAGCAGCAAGAAAAGCAGCAAGAGGAGGAGGAGGGGGAGGUACCGCCUCCUCAAGGCAAAGGCGGAGACGAUGACAACAGCGACGACAACAAUAACGAUGACCACAGCGACAUCCCCGUGUCAUACAUCGACGACGUCCUCGACCAGAUCUUGUCCGAGGACAGGGGUGGCAGCGACGGCGGCGGCGGCGGUGACGGCCCGGGAGAGGGAAGCGCGGUGCCACUGGCGGGCGGAGUCGGCAAAGUCGGCACGGAAGCGAUAGAAGGAACGAGCGGAGGCGGCAGUGGCAGCGACGAGGAAGCGAGAGAGCGGAGUGCGACAGAACCGCGCCCCGCUUCCCUCCCCGCGCUAGAAAGUUACGACCGCGAGGGAGACCGGCGCGGGACAGAGCGGGAGGCGCGGGACCGGCGCGCGGAUGGUUUCUCGGAGAGGGACGAUCCCGCAAAGCUCGCGGCGCCAGCCGACUGCGACGAGCACACCCUGCGCCGAGCAGGAGGAUCCCGCCGAAUGGAGCGACGCCCGGCAGGGGCGCUGACCGCAGGACGAGGCGACGGGACGCACGGUGGCGAUCCGUGCUCGGAGGCGUUCGUCGUGGCCGAGCGAGCGCCCGUGGCCUCGGAUCCUCGGAGCGAGGCCGCGGAUGUCGGGGCCGAUGAAGACGCCGCUCACGUCAAGGUGCUUGGUGGACGCGUGCCCGACGCGGGCUCGGCUCCUGCCAUGGACAAUGAAGUCUCGUCCCUUCCACGAGCAGACCGUUGCCAGGGAGAUGAGCUUGUUGAGCCGGGACUGCAAGCUGUGACUGGCGGAGCGGUGGACGGAGGCGAGGGGAGGAGUGAAAAUCCGAGGCAGAUGGAGGACGACGUUUUUGUGCAAGGAGAGGUCAGAGACGUUAAGAUAAGACCCCACUCACCUCCAGCGCCGAGCUUGGACUUCAGUGACCCCAGGGCAGAAGCCUUAGGGAUGAAUAAUCGGGAACAUCCAGAGCUUCCGCAGGAGAGGCCAGCACUUCAGGGACUGGCCUGCACGGCGGUUCAUCACACCUUCUGCGAUGGUCAAAGUCCUGCCAACGUGGCCAAGUCCGACCGUCCUCCCAAAACGCUCCCGAAACCCAAGAUCCCGCUCGCGCAACUCCUGCAACGUGCCGAUAGCCAAAACUUCUCCCUCGACGAGCCUGCCAGGAAGCGCCGCCUGCCCCGCGACCGCGAGAGCGGACCCCGAGAGGAGCGGCCAGAGGCGGUGGUGUGCAGGCCCGUGAAGCCCAUGACGCCCGGGCAGAUCUUGUCGAGGAGGCACUCGAAGGAGUGGGUGGCCACAAAGCCAACGGCGGAUUCCUUCCGCGCCUUCAGCACCGCCAGCAUGGGCGACGAGAAGUCCAAGCAGAGAUCGGCGGCGGUGGGGAGAGCCCAGAGCUUCCAGCCCAAAUCGCCGCUGGUCGCGAGCCGAUCCUUUCCUAGCGGAGCUUCUUCGGAGGGCAAGAGAGUGAGUGGUGUCGGCAGUGGCAGCACCGCGCCCGCCAAGUUCUUGAAGGUGAAAGCGACGUCGGUGAUGCUGGACGACGCGGAAGACGUUCCCACGGAAAUGGAUGAGCGGGCCUUUCCGCCGAGUUCCAGAGGCGACGCAACAAUUGCUGAAGGCAAUGAGAAGAUCAAGAUCUGCUCCUUCGAAAGCCUCUUCGGCAUCCAGGACACUCCCCUGUCCGGGCUGAAACCGGGGGACAGGAGGUCUGUGGUCGGGUACGUCCCCGUCAGGUCACUCGGACGAGGACAAGCCAACAGCUUUGCUGAGAAGGACGUCGCGUUUCACGGCGGGAAGAGGGAAAACCUCCUGCAGCUCUCUAAGUCAACAUCGUUGGAUGUUCAUUCUUAUCAGAUGACGAGCAAAAGCAAGGACGUGGCACAGGCCAAGAGGAUCUUCCACGAGAGGACCUCAUCCGCGGACGGACACACGUUUACCGACAGGGGUCAGACGGCGAGCGCGGAGAGUUGCCCGUCCGUCGACACGAGUCCUCCUGCGGCCGCCGGAGCCGAGCACCAUCCCGUGGCAAGCUCAUACUCCGUCUCCCGCUCGAGGACGUCUGGCCACCUCGUGAAGCGGCCGAGCGACGAUGCCUCGCCCGCUGGGAACUCCGCCUCGUCGAAAAGCGACGACCUGGAAAUCCCGUCGAGCUCGCCAGCGAGGUUUUGCGGGACGAGGCUCUGCCAGCUCCUCCAAACACCGCUGCCGCCACAGCUACCGCUGCCGCCACAGCUACAGCUACCGCUGCCGCCACAGCUGCAACUACCGCUGCCGCCACAGCCCCCGCGAGCAGCAGCUCCCCCGAGUCGGCAGUCCGACGAGGACAGCAUUUCAGCAGCGGACAGCGACAACUGCCAGCUGGACCGCAGCUUCUCCAUCAGCCUGGCGGAGCUGAACGAGUCGGCAUCGUCGGCGCUGCGGGACGAGGGCGGGCGCGAGCGCUCGCUGUCGAGCAGCUCCACGCUCUCCGUGGCUUCCGUCGCGUCGCUGCUUCCGUCAGCCGAGAUCGAGCGACUCGUGGAGGAGUCGCGCUCGCUCGGGGACGAGGGCCUGGAGGACGUGCGCGUGGUCGUGCUACACAAGGACGAGGGCGUGGGCCUCGGCUUCAGCGUCGCCGGAGGCCGCGACCAGGAGAACGCGGUCGUCACGAUUCACCGCGUCUUCUCGCGCGGCGUGGCGGCCCAGGAGGGAACGAUCCACCUGGGCGACCGCCUCCUCUCCAUCAACGGCCGCUCCCUCAAGGGCGCCAGCCACGACGAGGCACUCUACGCCGUGCGCCAGGCUCGUGUGCCGCGCCAGGUCGUCGUGGUCGUACAGAAGAGUGGCGGUGGCGCUGGUGGCGGUGCGGUGGCCGUGGGACGGCACGCAGACACGCGGGGCGACGGAGCUGUGGGCAGCGCUCAUAGCGCGGCAACGGCGGCGGUGGUGGUGACGCCGGUGGUGUCCGUGGCUGGCGAGGCCAACGCCGGCGAUGCCGGAGACGAUGGCAAGGAAAAGGGCCGGGAUGGUGGCGAUGGGGAGACGGUGACCAUGGAGCUCGUGAAGACAGGCGCGGGCCUAGGCUUCAGCCUCGAGGGCGGCCGCGGAUCCAUCCACGGGGACCGGGAACUCACCGUGAGACGGGUGUUCGCCGCGGGCGACGCGAGCGGCGUCCACGCCGGCGACGUCCUCCUCUCCGUGGGGGACCACGACGUCCGCGGCCUCUCGCGUUUCGACGCGUGGAACCUCAUCAAGGCCCUGCCCGAGGGCGCGACGGCCGUCACGCUACGCCGGGCCGGCGAGGGCGGCGAUGACGACGGCGGCGGUGGCAGCGCGAGGAGCGCCUCUUGAGAAAUGGAAAAUGUCUUAUUGUAAUAAUAAUACGAUAAGAAGGCCGAUUUUAACUCGUGACGCGCCGCACAGCAUUCGCUCACUCUAGAAGUGAGAGAGAGGGAAAGGACUCAGAGGCGCGAGCAGGAACCACAGACAGGUGAGGAGGCAGCAGCCAGGUGGUAAGCCUGCGCCAACAAUUGCCCAAGCUCUGCGCUCCUCUAAUAUAUUCAGACGUCUUGAGCCAGUUGAUGAGUUUUUUACACGUGGGAGGAAACCGGAGAAAAACCCGCGUGCGCGAGGGGGCCAACGCUCUCUCCCGUACGGAAGGGACGGAUGUUUGUUAGUCCACAUUUUCAUCCAGCAGUAUAUCGAUAGAGGGUUGUAAAUUAUUUUAACGUGCUUUUAAGUAGCUGAAACAGCUGCCCUUCCCCUCCUCGUCAGCACUUCUUGGCAGAGGUGGGACAAAGUCAUUGUUAUGCAAGUCCAAGUCGAGUCUCAAGUCAUCAAAUUCAUGACUCGAGUCUGACUCGAGUCCAAGUCACAUGACUCGAGUCCACACCUCUGCUUCUUGGUGCUAAAGCACCGCCAAUAAUGUGGAUCUAACGACGGACAUGCGUACAAUCGAGUGUACCGUCGAGUGUGCAGGCGGUGUAACUGAACCGCUCCCCACCGAUCGCACAUUUCCCCCUGCCCCCCAUUUCAUUGCUCGCACCAGUGCCCAUACCGACCAGAGGCUCGCAGGAAACGCAUUGCAUACAACGGUGUACGGAUUGUAAGAAAAAAAAAUGCGCGAUUCUUGCACAUGCGUGAUUCGAUGCGUGUGCCGCGAGCCUAAAGGAUUUCACAUUCGUCGCCGGAAUCGUUGCACCUUUUACGUAACGUCCACCAGAGUUUGAGUCCUUCUCCGCUGCACGUAGUCACCGUAAAGUCGAAAGGUCUCGCCACGCUGCACGCGGCCUCUUGGCAAAUGAAGUCACUCGUAAUCCCCCGGGGACAAACAACAAGAGCUCAACUCAUUCGUCAAUAACGCUGCCUGUGAACGGAAAAUAAUAUAUUAUGGGCGACAUUUCAGGCAAAUGCCGUUCUUCGACGAAUGCGUUCAAGUUUUUUGUUGUUGUUUGUGCUCUUGUGCACAAUUGCCAACGCAGCAUCACAAGGAAAUCGGAAUGCAUUGGAACUGUGUUGCUGCUUCUCCCCCCGCCGCCGUGUCGCGCACAAUGAACGCAUGAACGCACGUGUUCACUAUCCUACGAGUUGGACGGGCGCUCAAUAAAAACAGCGAGUCAUGCUUUAAAUAAAAAAAACUUUAACGAUUUGACGGAAACAUUCUUUUUUUAUCAGUCUAACUCAGGGUUCAGGAUUCUUAUUUUCGUUUUUUUUUGCGGCGAUUCGUAUAUUACUGUUUACGUAUAAAAUACUAUCUUUAAGUUACUGCGCACAACAUCGCAAAGCCCGCGUCUACGCACACACACAUACCUACGAAGAUUGAAUGGUUCUUAAACAGGGGGCAGCACGAGUCGGGAGAGUUAAUAAGAGUGGCGUGAAAUUGAACCCUCCAACCCUGCAAUUACUGGCACCGAUGGUUGGCUCAACAAGGGAAAUGCGUCAAUGCCACAUGGGUGGCGGCAAUGCACUGCGCCCCAUUUGCGUGACGUUGGGUGGCUUUGGUUUUAUAAUUUUAACCAGGGCUUAAUUUCAACUGGAGCUGUCUGUGGCUGAACGCCAGAAAAUAUCUCCCCCCCCCCACAACCAAAGGGGAAGUGGGGGGCAGGGGAGCGGGGAUUGGGCCAUGUCCAGCAAAUAUUCAAUGAGAAAUUAAGCCCUGGUUUUAGCUCUCCCAUGUUUUCUGGUUUGUACGGCGGGUGCUGUCCAGCACGGUGUCCGAUGUUUCGUUCCCUGUGUUUCCGGGAACUUUUUCAGGAACUGAAUUGAGCCGCUCACUCUCCCUGGACUAUGCGGCGUCGUGUUGGUUUUGGGUUGAGACUUGAGAGCUGUCGAUGUCUUGACCUUGUGGCAAGCGCGGUUUCAAGCGUUGGACUUUGUGGAGGGCAUUUGUCAUUUUUUUUUCUUCCACCUUUAGGCUGCUAGCGUCUCGGAUGCGGACCGAUGGUAAAAAAAAUGGUGAAAUAAUAGCGGGAAUUCAUCUUCUUGGUUCUUUCGGUAAAGUCGUGACUUUACCGAAAGAACCAAGAAGAUGAAUCCCUGCAGUCACGAAAGCUUUAAAUCGAAAAAUAGCGGGAAUUGUUUUUAUUUAAUAUAUUUGAUUCAACACAGCGGAUGAAACGGCAGUGGCCGUUGGCUUAAAAAGUGUGUAUUGUAACCUAGGCUUGUGAUCGAGAGAAGGAUUAGCUCAUGGGAGGAAAGAAAAACAAUCCUCUAUGGUGCUUUCUGCAACUAGUCACCUUGUCGGCCGUGGUCGAUCCACUGCUGGAUGAAGGCCUCCCCUAUGCUACCACUGUCUCCCACGAUCCUGCAGUAUAAUGAUCAACCUGGCACCUGCACACGAACCGAUUUAAUUGCUCCAACCUCCUUCGUAGAUGUCCUAGAUUUCAAGGCAAUAGACACCUCGCAUGAGCCGAUUGUAUCGCUCCAUCUCGAUGGACGUCCUCCCAUUUCAAGCCAAGAGAUGCACAAACAGCCUCCUCACUGCCGUGCUGCGUUUUACCCAAGGUGAUGUGUGACACCUAACAGUAUGGGGCCUGGUGUUAUAGCCGUGUGAUGUUUUCAUACUUUACACAAUGACAACAAACCUUGAGGCUGUUUUUAUUGUUUAACAGAUGUUUAUUCUGCUCAACAAACAGCCAAGUAUUCUCCAUUUAAAAAGCCAUUGUGUCUGCUGCCUUAAAAAAAGUGUUUAAUUGCACAAUAUCGUGUGACCUUUCUCCUCGUCACCAUUCAAUCCUUGACCGAAUGUACGCGGAAUGUUGUCGCUCCAGCUUAGGAAAAUAUUUCCACUCUGAACCAAACUACCAUUAAGCUGGUGUGAAACGUGCACUCAAUUGUAUAUAUGGAGGUGUCAUUGUGUUAACGUUAUAUUUUAAUUACAAAGAAACACAAACGCAAACUGCCGGAUGUAAAAGAA